AUGGCUGAGCAAACCCAUUACCUAGCCGAGGCGUGCUCUGGCACCACACCCGGGAAAUGCCAAGACCUAGGAGACUCAAUUCUUCUGAUCCUGGUCAGCAUCAUGUUGCUCAACGUGUGGAUCAACGUGGUGACUCUGCUCUGGAUGCAUCUGAAGAGAUUCUUGCGGGCAGGUUUCAACCGUAUUUUCCCCAAAGGUAACUUCCUGCACAGGCACCCAAACCACCUUGAAUCCUGGAUACCAGAAACAGAUGAUGAGACGGCUUCUAAGUGCUGCUGGAUGCCGCCGCAGUGUGGACGGGCUCGGGCUUCCACGGAGGCUCCACGGGGACUGUGGAAGGAGGGGUUAGUGGGAGCUGGGGAGGCCCCUCCGUUCACAGCCUUAAAGUCCCAAGCCAACUUUAACUCCAGGUGAGAGACAUCUUCCAAACUCCGCAGGAUAAGCAAGGUGGACGUGGUUCCACUCUGCCUGCCCCAAGAGAGCAAGACUAAGACCCCAGACUAUGACUCAGCCCAGACCUUCUCCUACAAGCACCCCUCUGUGCACGCCCCACCUCAGGCCCAGACUUGCUCCACACUCCACCUCCCUGAGCACACUACCCCGCAGGCCCAGACCCCCUCACCAGCCCUCACCCCUGAGCACAGCCCUGCCCAGGUCCAUGGCCCGGAGCAUACCUCAGCCCAUACCCCAGCCCAGGCCCAAGCCCAGGCCCCCUCAUAUGCCUCAGCCCUAUUCCUGGGCCACACUUCUCUCUGCACCCUGACCCAUGCUCAUCUGACCUAUACCCAUGCCAACACUCUGGCCCCUCCCCCAACUUCUGCCCCUGCUACUACUCCUGCCCUAGCCCCUACACCAGCCCCUGUCCCGAUCUCUGCCACAACCUCUGUCCCAGCACUGGUCAUGACCCUGACGACCCCUCCAGUCCCUUCCACCACCCGUACCCCCAUCCUAGAUUCUAUUCUCUCUACCUUGUCUACCUUUGACCAAGGCCUCUCCUCUGGCCAUGUGGUCUACUAUGCCCGCAGCAUAAAGCAGAACUUAUUCCAUGUGUGUCCCCCUCAGAACUCUGGGUACUCCAGAAAUGACUUGGGUACCCUAACCAGGCCCCAAGAGGGGCAUGGUCUGGUGAGCUCUGGUACAGCUGAGCAAACACUGAAGCAAUGUAGUGGGGACAGUGCCAAGCCCUCCACAGGGUCCAUACCGGGUUACGUGGAGUUGGGGACUAUGGAAUGGAAGAUCCAAAAUCAUGCCAAAGACAAAUUUGUACAGUCCAAGACCUUCACUCACUGUAGCUCCCAUCCUUGCCAGUCUGAGAAGAGAAACACGGAUCCCCAGAAUCCAGUCUGCCCCAAAUUCCUGGUGUGUUCCAAGGAUGCUGAACCUUCUCAACCUUGCUUCCGUUCUCCGACCAGUGCCCAGAGCUCACCAUGCACCAUGCCUCCACCAUGCAUUCUUUCUCUGCCUCUUGUUCCCAGAUCCUUUGUCCUUCAUCAACACAGCAACCACCAGAAGCCCUCCGCCUUAAUACAAACCCCCACCUUUCCCCCAACCUCCAAGUCUCCUCAGUCUGUCCUCUCUCCCCAGGGCCCCAUCCCUCCCCAGUUAUCCACUACUUCCCAAACCCCAAACCAGCCCCAACCCCCAGAACUUCAUGAGAGUCUAGGUCUCAACCAAUGCUCUGUCCUCCAAAGGACCCCAGGCCUUACCGGAGACACAGGCCUCCUCAAGAACCCAGGCCUUGCUCAAGAUCCAGGCCUCCACGAACUUCGAGGCCUUACCGAAGACCCUUACCUCUGCAAAAAUCCAAGCCUUUCCCAAGACUCUGACCUUCAGAAGAAUCCAGUCAUUACCCAAGAUUCUUGGCCACAGAAGAGUCCAUGCCAUGCCCAAGACUCUGCAGUCAACAAGAGCUCAGUCCUUUGCCAGGACGAACAGGCAGACAAGCCUGGGUGUACCACCCGAUACCAUCCCCCCAGCCUGCCAGAACUAUCACCAGAUGUCUACGCCUCCCAAAACCAGCAGGCACCCGGCUAG